CGAGCUUGGCAAGUGUACCCCCCCGAAGCUGGAGCUACGCUGUCCCACGAGCAGACGAUUUCAUCCCCUAUUUCAACACAGGACAGAAUCCUGCACCGUCUCAUGGCAACAUGGCGACUGAGUUCCAUAACCUUCAGGAGUUGAGGCAGAGUCCGUCUCUAGCCACCAAGGUGUUCAUCCAGAGAGACUACAGCGAAGGAACCGUCUGCCGAUUCCAGAUCAAGUUCCCCUCCGAGCUGGGCAGCAGGAUCGAGCGGACUCUGUUUGAGGACACAGUAAAGACAUUGAACAGCUACUAUGCGGAGGCAGAGAAGGUCGGAGGCCAGUCCUACAUGGAGGGAUGUCUGGCGUGCGCUACAGCCUACUUCAUCUUCCUCUGUAUGGAGACACGCUAUGAAAAGUUACCGCUCUGUCUCUGGCUCCUCUUCCACAUGUCACCACCCAACUACCUUGCUCUGGAUUUUACUCACCACCGCUGCCUUGGAUUCCCCUCAGAACCUGUUUACCCUGUUCUACUCAGCUAACUCCAACCUCCGUCUCUACAUCUGGUUUUUCUGCAACUUAUCCGAGCUUCUCCGGAUCUGCACACCAUAUCUCCCAGUGUAACAAUAAAUAUUUCGGUUCAUUCAUCCCUGUUUCCUCAUCUGAGUCUGCUCUUGUGUUCCCCUGUGUCGCUCCGCUUAACAGUACGAUCUGGCCCAGAGAUGAACCCAGCAGACUCCACUACUCUUUACCAAAGUAUUGUUGGUCAAGGCGGCCUAUUUGAGCAACAUGACCAAGCCCUGAAAGCCCUACUGGAGAACAUCAAGGAGUUUUCACGGACCCUGUCUGAACUACAGGUCCAAACCUCCGCGAGUUCACAACCGUCUCAAGUCCCUCUUCUCCACCCCGAGAGCCAUUUGUUCCGACUCCUGAGCACUAUGAUGGUAAUCUUGGCACGUGCAGAGCCUUUCUUGUGCAAUGUUCACUAGUAUUUGAGCAACAGCCCUACUCUUAUGCUAGUGAAUGAGCCAAAAUGAAUUUUUUGAUUGGCUGCCUUUGUGGAGCAGCUCUUUCCUGGGCCACUGCUUGUGGGAGAGAUAGUCACCUAUCUGCUUCUCCUAAUGUGGAUUCACAGAUGAGAUGAGGAAGGUAUUCGACAACCCUGUCUGUGGAAAGGAUGCCGCUAAAUGACUUCUGUCCCUUCGUCAAGGCUCCCAGAGUGUGGCCGAAAUGUCAUGUGAGUUCCGCACCCUCGCUGCAGAGAGCAGCUGGAAUGACGAGGCCCUUCAGGGAGUAUUCCGGAACGCACUCACUGAGACCCUCAAAGAUGAGUUGGUGUCUAAAGAGGAGCCUGAUGGACUUGAUGAAGUCAUUUUUCUCACUAUCCGCAUUGACAACCGUCUCUGUGAGCGUCGGCGGAGAGGGGAGGUAGAGUUGCAUGUCCCAUAACAUCUGCUUCAGUGCCUCCAGGCAUGUUUUAAUCCUGUACCCAUGCAGCCAGACCCAUCUAUCUCCAGAGGAGAGGUAGCGGAGCUGUCUAUAUUAUGGCCAGGUUGGUCACCUGGUCUCCACUUGUUCCCUGUGUCCAGCAAAAGAGGGGGAUCAGCAGUAGUGGGGAACUUGGGAUUGGGGGUUCUGGAAUGGACUGGGGUGCAGACAAGGCAGGAGGAAGGGCAGAUUGUAGACAAUUAGAAUGACAAAAUGUACUCCAAGUAGUUACCCUUUUGGUAGACCAGUCAAACUGUGGGUUGUGUAGCUUUAACCAUGGAUGACCCAGAACCAGAGAGGAGUGAGAACAGUCGAUUAUGUGGAAACUGAUCUUUUCCUGGUGAUUUGCAGAGAGACACAGGAUAACAGGGACAGUUCUCUCCAAAACACAAAAGAGUAGCUUUCCAUUGACAGCGUUGGCAUCCAGAGGUGAAUCGAAUGAAACAGUGUCCAGACCCAACUGAUUGUCUUCUGUUCCUCCAGAAUAUCACAGCCUAGCUCCUGUAUUCAAUAAGCCCCACACCCCAUCUCUGCAGCCUCAUUGGCCUUUCGACUGUGCUAUCGAGCUUCAGCCUGGAGCUCCUCUCCCUAGUAGCAGGUUGUAUAACCUCUCUCGCCCCGAGCAAGAAGCCAUGGAAGAAUACAUCCAGGACUCCCUGGCUGUCGGACAUAUCAGGCCUUCUUCUUCUCCGGUGGAAGCUGGGUUUUUCUUUGUCAAGAAGAAGGAUGAGUCACUGAGGCCAUGCAUAGACGUCCGUGGGUUGAAUAGCAUCACUGUCAGUUACAAGUAUCCCUUGUCACUUAUCAGUGUUGCUUUUGCCCCCCUCCAUGGUGUCACAGGGUUUUCUAAACUUGACCUCCGGAAUGCCUACCUACUUUAAAUUGCCUGAACAGCACCAGAACAUGAAGAUUAAAUAUAUUUUCAAUAUAGAUUUGCCUAGCUCCGUGGAGAUCCUAGAAACCGCAAGAGUGUCAUGUCCACUCCCGCUCCGGGGCUUGACUUCACUGGUCUACUAGUCACCGGUCCUGGCAACCCAUCUUUAAGCACACCUGGCAACCAUCAUUACGCACACCUGCGUCUCAUCAGUCACACUUCACAGUCGACUUCAUUACUCCAUUGAUUACUUACCCUAUAU